AUGAGGAUCCUGAAAGCCCUCCUCCCCUUGGCCCUUGUGGCCGAUGCUGCCAUCGGCAGCUCUUGGUUCUCCAAUGCAGCAUACAAUAAGUGGCACGAGACGGAGCUCGAGCGAUGGCUCUCGGACCACGACGUGCCGUACCCGACUCCUUCCGACCGCAAGGAUCUCGAGAAGCUGGUCGAGAAGAACUGGGACACGUACGCCGUCACGCCGUACAAGACUUGGGACGCGGCCAAGCUCAACGAGUACCUGAAGCAAAAGGGCAUCGAGACGAAGCAGGCGGCCGAGGCGAACAAGGAUUCUCUGGUCGCCCAGGUCCAGAACUAUUGGUACGAGUCUGAGGACAAGGCCCAGAGCGCCUGGUCCAACGUCAAGGACUGGAUCUUGGACACGUGGACCGACAGCCAACUCAAGGCAUUCUGCGACCACCACGGCAUCCCAGUCCCCCAGCCCCGCAAGCGUGACACCCUCCUCGCGAAAGCACGUGGUGCUUACGAGACAGUAGCUCAGAAGGCUGGCGAGACUGCCGCGUAUCCCGGCGACUGGCUCUACGAAACUUGGUCAGAGUCGGAUCUCAAGGAAUGGCUCGAUUCCCACGGAUACCCUGCGCCCCAGCCGACCUCACGUGAUAAACUGAUCGCAGCGGUCCGUCGUAACUCGCGCCUCGCCUACCUCACUCUCCAGGAACAAGUUGCCAGCAGUUCCGAAACCGCUCAUAAGGCGUAUGCUACUUUGACUGACAAGCUUAUCGAUACCUGGGGUGAAUCUCAACUCAAGGAGUUCUGCGACAAGAACGGAAUUGGCGUCCCCCAAGGCACCAAGCUCAACCAGCUCCGCGCUUUGGUUCGCAAGCAUCGCGCCGAGAUUCUCGGUGAUACCGUCACUGCUUCUGCCGCCUCGGCUUUUGGUGCCGCGACCUCGAACAUCGGAUCCAAUGCCGCCAAGGCUACUGAUGCCGCAGUUCAAACGGCUCAAGAUGCGUUUAACAAGGCUAUCAACGCCUGGUCCGAGACACGAUUGAAGGCGUACUUGGAUGCUCGUGGGAUUCCUGUACCCCAAGCCUCAAAGGUUGACGAGCUCCGUGCUCUGGUGCGCAAGCAUUCUCACAAGGCAGCAUCGGGCUGGAGCGCCUGGACCUACGACGACUUUACGUACGACAACUUGAAGUCAUACCUGGCGUCCAGCGGCAAUGCUGCCGCCGAGAAGGCUAGCGAGAAGGCCGGUGCCACCCGCGAGGAGCUUGUUGAGGCUGCCCAGUCAGCUUAUGCCUCGGCGUCGUCGGCUGGUGGUUCGUCUUAUGCCUCAGUAACCAGCUAUCUAUCACAGGCCACCGACAAUGUCAAGGCUAGCACUUUCGACUCGUGGAGCGAGAGCGAGCUCAAGUCUUAUCUGGACAGCUAUGGAAUUCCUGUACCCCAAGGAUCGACCCUCAAUGAGCUUCGUGCCCUCGCACGCCGGCAGUGGACAUACUUCAAGUACGGCACUUCGACACCCACCCAGACUGUCUUUGCUGUCCUCGGAGAGAACGUGAAGUCGGGCUGGAACUGGAUCAUGGAGCAGCUUAGCAUCGGAGCUGGUGCCGCCCAGAAGCAGGCCCAGAAGCAGAAGGUGCACAAAGAACUCUAA